AUGAGAGUUGUUACCGGCGGAAUCAGCCAUGAGACUAGUACCUUCACUACAGUCGAAACGAAUUGGCAAAGUUAUAAGGAACGAUUCUACCUGCGGGGCGAAGAGAUGUUAAACACAUUCCGCGGCACCAAUACCCCGAUUGGUGGAUUUAUUGAUGGUGCAGACACUCAUGGCUUUGAACUGAUUCCGACUGUUCUUGCCACGGCACACCCCAGCGGACCAACCCCUCGGAAUAUCUUUGAUGCCAUUCUGGGAGAGAUAUUAGACGGAAUCGCUGAAGCCGGUUCAAUAGACGGGGUGCUGCUUGAGCUGCACGGCUCGAUGGUGGUUGGAGACCUUGAGGCGCCGGAUGGCAUUGAUGAUCCUGAAGGGCAUAUACUGGCAGCGAUUCGUAAGGUGGUCGGCCCAGCGGUUCCUAUCCUUGCGCAAUUGGAUAUUCAUUCCAACGUCUCUCCACAGAUGGUUGACGCUGCAGAUGUGUUGAUUGGGCGGGAGACCUAUCCAGAGAUUGAUAUGGCGAAGCGUAGCCGUGAAUGUGCCGAUGUGCUGAUGUCCAUCGUGAAUGAUGGCAGACGCCCGACGAUGGCACUGCAUCAAAUUCCGAUGAUCUGGGGGAUACACCAAGUUACGGCGCACCCGCCGAUGCGGGAGGCGAUUGAGGAACUGCAUCGUAUCGAAGCACAACCUGAUGUCAUUUGUGGUUCAAUUGCAACCUGCUACUAUUUGGCUGAUGUGCCAAAUAUGGGGGCAUCGGUUUACAUUGUGACCGAUAACGACCAAGCUUUAGCUCAAACCUACGCUGACCAGUUGGGGGAGUGGAUCUUUGAACGACGCGAAACGUGGCAUGGUCCCGCACCGACAACCCGUGAAGCCCUGAAAAUCGCCGAGGCGGAGGGGAAAUUCCCGGUGAUUUUUGCGGAUCGAAACGAUAACACCGGCGGCGGUUCUCCGGGGUGA